ACUAAUGGAAAUAAUGGUUUACUCAUUUGUUUUAAAGCAUUAUUGAACGCAAGUAUAUAUAUCCUAAAACAUGUAAAAGCUAAUGCAGCAUUUCUUUUCCUUUCUCUCUGGUGACUGCCCCCAGUAAAAAGGACAAUAAAUACUCUCCACCUCGGGCAUGUGUUGCUUAGCAGCAAAGUUAAACAGGACAAAGCUGUUUUUACCCUCCUGCCACGGUUGAGUGAGGAGGCAGUUUUGUUUUUAUCUGAAGCUUGUCUGAAGAUUCUCGACUCGCUUUUUUAGCUGGAUAUGUGAAACUCAUUUGAAACUAACAAGUAAAAGAAACAAAGUAUUCUUCCAUUGGAACGAGGUGACCUAAUGCCGUACAAGAAUGGCUGGCUGACUGUAAUACAAGCAAGCAGUGGCCAUAUUUACACAUAACUGCUUUAUGAAACUGUGCACCAUGGCUAAAGGGAAGAAGGGGGGGUCAAAGGGCAAAAAGAUCACCCUGAAAAUGGCCAAGAAAGCCCUCAGGCUGACACCCGAGGGAAAACGACGUCUUGAUCUCAGCAACAUGGGUAUUGACACCUUUCCAAAAUGUCUUCUAAAACUCACUGACCUGGAGGAGGUGGACCUGAGCCGUAAUCAGCUGAAAAAGAUUCCAGAUUUCAUUGGCCAGCUCAUUGGCGUGCUCUGGCUUGACCUGCACAGCAACUACAUUGAGCAACUGCCGAAAAGCAUUGGACAGCUGGAGUCUCUGUGCCACCUCAACCUUUGCAACAACAGCCUGGACUCGGCCGGUUUGCCCGCUGACAUUGGAAACCUGAGGAACCUGCAGACUCUCAACCUGGGUAUGAACCGACUCACUGCUCUUCCUCUUACCAUGGCUGCUCUGACCAACCUGAGAGAACUGGGCUUGUUCGACAACAAGAUCACUGUGCUUCCUGAAUGCAUCCGCAUGUUGCCCAAUCUGAAAAAAAUCAACACCAACCGCAACCCCAUAGCCUAUGCUCAGAGAGAUGCCAAAGAUACAAGAACAACUGAGAGCUUGUAUUUAGUGAGGGAGGAAGAUCUGUGUAAGCUUUGUCUAGAGAAAUGUAGGGAGGAACGGCAGAGACAGGAAAGGAAACAGCUUUUAGAUAAGUCUCAAAGGAGAGGUCGGUUGUCAGGGCUGAUCACACCGAACUCAGUGGCACGAAGCAAUCAGGAGUUGUGGCACCAGAUUCCAUGCUGAAGACAACUAAACCAACUAAAUGCCAUAAUGUCAGAUAUGUUUUAUUUUAUUUUGAUGUUUUAAUCCAUAAAUAUAUACUGUAAGUAGAUCAUUAAUGAAUACAUAUAUUAUUAGACAUGUAUAAAUAAACUGUUUUGACCUUGCUUAGGAAUCAAUAAGAAGUUCCUCAGUUUGCAUUCAAUCAAGCAAUAUGGAGCUGAGGACAACAAAACACCUUAAAAAAAAAAAAAAGAAUAUGCUGUAUAUUAUUAAAUUAUGGGAAUUAGUUGUGUAAGAGAUAACAGGUAAUGUAAGAGAAGCAGUUUUCAAUUGGAGGAAGUUUUAAUUCUGCAGGCAGCAGUUACUGGUGUGUUUCAUCAGAUUGUUUGGGGGAUUGAGGAUUGAGAACAUUUCUGUCACUCAUUAACAAUGUGCAUACUGUAGAAUGUCUUUCCCAGAAGCCUUUAGACAUGUGCUAUCUCCUCUCAAUCUGUCUUUUCUUUUCGGUUUGAAGAAGGCAGCUUUGGGAGAGAUGAUGGUACAGAAGCACAGGGACACUUACCUUGCAUUAA